CCGCAUGUAACAAGUGUAUGGGUUUAGUGCCCCAGCUAUUCCUCACAACAUGUAAACAGUGAGUGUUCCAUACAAAUACUCGACAGAUUGAAAUAAAAUAGUCACAGUGUCACACCCUAAAGGGGUCAGUAGAGUAGACAGUAGACGUAGCUGAGGCAAAGAAGUGUCCUAUAAACACAACCCACAACUCUCUCCAAACGCAGGAGAUAUCUUUGUUGAUAUGAAAUGAACUAACAUUGAAGGCCUUUGUAUUUCGGUGAGACUGUAGAUGUCACGUGACGUCAACCAGGAAGCAAGACCGAGUUGUGUUGUCUCGAGGUGUUACACAUACAGACACAUCAUGGCAACUGAUGUUGACAAUUUGCAAAGUGGGAAGUCCUUCCCGGAAACCAACCUGCACAUGUUGGACAGUUUGUUGUUGGCUGAUGUGACCUUCCUCGUUGGAGAUCAAAGGGAGACAAUCCAGGCUCACAAAUUCAUUUUAGUCAGCCGAAGUUGCGUGUUUCGCACGAUGUUCUGUGGAUCGAUCCCCGAGACGGGCCAAGUAGUGAUUCCUGAUAUUCAGACAGACAACUUCAAGACCUUUCUAAGGUUUCUCUACACGGGGGAGGUCGCGUUAACUCCUAACACUGUCCUUGGUCUGAUGAACGCUGCUAAGAAAUACGACGUCCCAGGAUUGGAAACGCAAUGUGAGGAGUUCUGCUUACAAUCUCUGUCGCCUAGCAACGCAUGUGUAUUCCUACAACUAGCAGUCCUGUUUGAUAAAGAAAACCUCAAGGACAGAGCUCUUCUGGUAAUUAAAUCCAGAGCGGAGAUGACUAUUGCUAGCGAGGGAUUCUGUGAGCUAAGCAAGGAAUGUCUAAAGCUGAUCCUGAAGGCAGAUGACAUUAAAGUUGACGAGAUUUGCAUCUUCCGAUCUGUGAUGUCGUGGGCGGAAGCUGAAUGUCGACGUCAGGGAAGGGAGGUAACUCCAGAAGAGAAAAGAGAAGUGUUGGAAGAGUGUUUGUUUCUCAUUCGUUUUCCAUUUAUUUCAAUGGCGCAAUUUGCCACGACUGUAUGCAAUGAAGGUAUAUUAAGUGAUGCCCAUGUCAUAAUGUUCUUACGAAAAUACUCUAUCAGCCACCUGGAUAUACGGCCGUUCUGUAACAUAUCUCGGAAAUCUCCUGUCGUUUACUUGUCUCGCCUACCUCCUGACCAAAAGUACUACGAGACAAAGCGUUUUUCUCACAAUGUAUGUGAUGCGUUGUUUAUAUCCUGUGAUGCCAGUGUUCACCUGACCGGGCUGAGCGUGUAUUCUGGGAGCCAGGGAGGCAAGGUGCCUGUAAAGAUAGUUGUUACUGACACUGAUGACACAACCCUGCUGAAGCAUCACCAGGACGUGGAUGUGACAGGGGCACAACUCUCAGAUGUGGUGAUGUUUCCUUCACCUCUGACUGUUGACAAAGGAGAGAAGAUAAAAAUCAAAGUCAACAGGUUGCGCGAUUUAUUGAAUAAUUAUACAUGUAAAAUGAACAAUCAGCGAGUAAUGAGGCAUGAAGCAUCUGGUGUUGUGUGGACACUGGAGCACUGUGAGGAAAGUGAUUCUGACGACAGCCUAGCCUAUGGAUUGCUUACUGGGAUUUUCUAUAAAUUGUAGUGUGUUUACCUUUUACCCUGAUCCGUAUUAACAAAUUCAGAUGACCCAGGGACAACUCUCCUUCCAACUCCUCCAUCUCUGUACGACAGUGGGGCGGUGGGGUAGCCUAGUGGUUAAUGCGUUCGCUCGUCACGCCGAAGACCCAGGUCCGAGUCCUAAUAAAUUCUGAUGUGCCCCUCCGCUACAUUGCUAAAAACGGAGUAAAACGAUACUCACUCACUGUACGACAGUAAUGUAUUCAGGAAAUACCGCAUUUGAAGAAUAGACAUAUAUGAUAUUUGAUGAUUAGUUCUUUUUAACAUGUGGCACCUACAUUACGACCGUACCAACUAGAAGAAACACCGGGUUGCUAAGAUCUUUACAUUAUGUGUAUAAAGUCUUAUCAUUUUUACGUUGGUGACUGUGUUGUCCCAAGGAUAUAUUUUUCAACCAACUUUCUAUCAAUGCAGAAAAUUAAUCAACAAAGACAGUGUCGUUUGAGACCCAAGAUUUCCUUGAAUUUUGGAACUUUUUGACAGCCAACUGUGACGUCAUAGAUUCAGCGUCAUAGUGAGUGGUGGGCUUGAUGAUGUUUUUAUGGGUGCCCAAGUCACGUUCUCUUCCUAAGUUGCUGAAGUUCAAUGCUUGUUUUAUAUACGAGUGUAGUAUUAUAAUGAAGCAAAAAUUCAUUUCGGCUCCAACUUUUAAAUGAACGCUAGUAUCAGUGUUUCCAUAAUUUAGAUCGGCAAUCCACUCAAACCAUUGUACCCAAACCAUGGCGCUUCACCAAAGUUGAAAGUUCUAUAUCCAUCGACAGGUGAUCCAAGUACUCGUGGUAUUUGUUCUGAUUUUUAACACGGUGACUUUUUUAUUCUCGAUACAGCUACUUAUGUAUGUCUCAAUUCAAUACUAGGGCGGUCGGGUAGCCUAGUGGUUAAAGCGUUCGCUCGUCACGCCGAAGACCCGGGGUCGAUUCCCAAAUUGGGUACAAUGUGUGAAGCCCAUUUCUGAUGACCCCCGCCGUGAUAUUGCUGGAAUAUUGCUAAAAGCGGCGUAAAACCUUACUCACUCACUCACUCACUCAAUUCAAUACUCAAUGAGCCUGUUCGUUUGAUAAUGGUUUCAAAAAUAUAUUAUCUACCACAUUACAUAUAUAUCGUCACGGUGCUUAGUAAACGAUUAGGUUGCCUACGAUAGAGCAACCGCUGACCCACAGAGGAGCCGACUCGAAACUGUCAAAAACGUCCAAGAAUAGACAGGCUUGAUCUCCAGAUGCAUUUCAGCGUAUCCCACUUUCGUGGAUCGAUGCUCAUGAUGUCAAUCACUGGAAUGUCUGGUCCAGACUCGAUUAUUUACAGACCGCCGUCAUAUAGCUGGAAUAUUGCUGAGUGCAGCGUUAUGCAACAUAUACAUGAUUGCACUUUGAGGCAUCUGUCUGGGAAAUAUCCAAACUAACAUAAAGAAGUUGGUUGAGAAAUUAUUCAUUGUUAAUAAUCCAUGACUGACUACCAUCGUACAACAGUUGCAAAGGACCAUGCGAAUUGAUUAGAUGACAUGCUAAGGCAAUAUACUUGGCACAGGUUUGGUGUAUAAAAGUUCUCAUUUUCAGUUUAUGGUCUUGCAUACUUAAAGCCCCUCUAUGCGUCUCAUUCUCUCAUUUUAUUCACAAAACAUGAAGGAUGAAUUUUUCUGAAUUUUUAGGACGUCUAAGGUAAACUAGACUUGAAGUUGAGAUUCUUCUGAAUGCACAGUAUCUGUAAGCCCUGAAAUGAAUUGAGUUCUCAUUUUAAAAAUAAAUAUAAAACGGGUAAAUACUCACCACCACGUCCAUUAUAUACGCUUUUUUAUAUACAAACAGGACAAGUGAUACAACUGAAGACGUGUCAGCCUUUGAUUUAUCUAAUAAAAAAUGUCGGGAACAUACUUUGGAUUUGUUUCGGAUACAUGCCAAUGUAAAAAAAGGGUUUGUGUGUCUGGUUGAUUGUAUGUAUGUUUAUUAUCGAUUAUUAAUUAUGAGAGGCAGAUCCAAGUUAUUUUUUAAACUAACUGCUUUUACCCUCCGUGGGGACGGGGUACAUUUUACUGGUUGUGAAUUUCAAAUGGAGGGGAGGGUUCCCCCACCGAUGAUUAUUUCAUUCAUAGUCUGUGUCUAAAUCUAGGAUAAGUUAUUGUACGACAAAAUGCUGUUUUAGGUUAGACGUGAAUGUGGUGUACAGCUUUAGAGAAAUUGGACCGCCUCCGUGGUCUAGUGGUAGAGCGCCCGCCCGGAGAGCGGAAGGUCCGGGGUUCGAUCCCCUGCCGCGUCAUACC